AUGACUGAGCUGUUCUAUAAGUUCCCGAAACCAGAGGCGUUGAGAGAAGCGGAGUGGGGAGAGGAAGGAGCAGUGAUAAGAAGCCGCAGAAGAGUUUCCACAGCAUCGCGUCUGGGGCUGGUGCUGACAUCUGUCUCUGUGAAUGUGCUGGCUGUGGCAACUCACUAUUCGUGCGAAGAGAUCCAAACUCUUCAUGGCAAGCCAGAUACAGAUGCUAUCAUUGGAAAAUUAUUCUAUUAUCCAAUUCCUCCAUAUGCUUUCCAAGGGAAAAUAAACCAGUUUCAGGUUACACUGGUUCAUAAUGUUAGACUGCCAAGAUGGCUAGAAUAUAACGCUUCUAUCAAGACCUUGCAAGGACUGCCUUUAGAAGAUGAAGGAAGAGAUUUCCAAAUCAUGGCCUCGGUGCCUGGGGAUUUCUGUCUCCAGCAAACGCAAACAGCCUCCAUUACCUCUACCCUUCAUGUGCUGGACAGGGAUGACGUAAAGGAAACAAGUUUGAUUCCCUCUCCAAGUGGGGUCCAAAGAGGCUCAAAGUUUUCUACCAACGUAGCUGAAAUCACCAUUAAAGCAGCUGCCGAAACUCUUGGUUUUGGAAACCGUCUCUUUUUGGUACACACACUGGCAGACUAUUUCCACUUGGAUCUGUCUUGAGUGACUAUGAACUCUUUCAGAAGCAAGAUAAACAAGCACCUCUGGAACCUUCCAGUGUUGGCUGCAGACCCCAGGUACGUCAUUCCUUUACAAGGCCCCUCUGUACAAUUCCUCUGGCCUAUGGACCAUGAGGUUUCUACAACACUGCCAGAACUAAUGCAAGUUUUUUAACAGCAUGCUUCCUCUAAGUGUCCUGCCCAGAUUUUAGGAUAUAAGAUUACAGGUUGGAGAUUACCUCAAAAACCUCAGAGAAGACGACCCAGACAGUUAAAGGCUGUCCCAGUGACAACAGUGGGGCCAAAUGAAAUAAGAAGAAAACCAAACAAUCCCUUCUCUGUUUCAUUGUCUACCUUAGUGACACCUUGGAUCCCUAAAGAUGUGUCUGUGCCUGCUCAGUCUCAUAUUCGUGCCCGACUCUUUGUGACCCCGUGGACUCUAGUCCUCCAGUCUCCUCUCUUCAUGGAAUUUUCCAGGCAAGACUACUGGAGCAGGUUGCUAUUUCCUCCUCCAGGGGAUCUUCAUGACCCAGGGAUCCAACCGCAUCUCUUGCAUCUUCUGCAUUGGCAGGCAGAUUCUUUACCACUUCGCCACUGGGGAAGUCCCCUAAAGAUGAGGCCUCAUCAAUUUCUGGCUUAUUUGAUCGCUUAAGACAGAUCACUCCUAUCCUCAACCCUGACUUUAUUCCAGGUUCUCCAAGGUAUGCAAAGACAACAGGCUGCUGCAUACAGUAGCAACACAGAAUUCAUUAAAGAGAAUUCUCCUUGGCAACAAACCUUGAAUAUUGUUUUGCUUU